AUGCUCUUGGCGUACGUUCCUGUCAGGAGGCAACGAGAAGGAGGCAACGAGAAGGAGGCAACGAGAAGGAGGCAACGAGAAGGAGGCAACGAGAAGGAGGCAACGAGAAGGAGGCAACGAGAAGGAGGCAACGAGAAGGAGGCAACGAGAAGGAGGCAACGAGAAGGAGGCAACGAGAAGGAGGCAACGAGAAGGAGGCAACGAGAAGGAGGCAACGAGAAGGAGGCAACGAGAAGGAGGCAACGAGAAGGAGGCAACGAGAAGGAGGCAACGAGAAGGAGGCAACGAGAAGGAGGCAACGAGAAGGAGGCAACGAGAAGGAGGCAACGAGAAGGAGGCAACGAGAAGGAGGCAACGAGAAGGAGGCAACGAGAAGGAGGCAACGAGAAGGAGGCAACGAGAAGGAGGCAACGAGAAGGAGGCAACGAGAAGGAGGCAACGAGAAGGAGGCAACGAGAAGGAGGCAACGAGAAGAAGGCAACGAGAAGAAGGCAACGAGAAGAAGGCAACGAGAAGAAGGCAACGAGAAGAAGGCAACGAGAAGAAGGCAACGAGAAGAAGGCAACGAGAAGAAGGCAACGAGAAGAAGGCAACGAGAAGAAGGCAACGAGAAGAAGGCAACGAGAAGAAGGCAACGAGAAGAAGGCAACGAGAAGAAGGCAACGAGAAGAAGGCAACGAGAAGAAGGCAACGAGAAGAAGGCAACGAGAAGAAGGCAACGAGAAGAAGGCAACGAGAAGAAGGCAACGAGAAGAAGGCAACGAGAAGAAGGCAACGAGAAGAAGGCAACGAGAAGAAGGCAACGAGAAGAAGGCAACGAGAAGAAGGCAACGAGAAGAAGGCAACGAGAAGAAGGCAACGAGAAGAAGGCAACGAGAAGAAGGCAACGAGAAGAAGGCAACGAGAAGAAGGCAACGAGAAGAAGGCAACGAGAAGAAGGCAACGAGAAGAAGGCAACGAGAAGAAGGCAACGAGAAGAAGGCAACGAGAAGAAGGCAACGAGAAGAAGGCAACGAGAAGAAGGCAACGAGAAGAAGGCAACGAGAAGAAGGCAACGAGAAGAAGGCAACGAGAAGAAGGCAACGAGAAGAAGGCAACGAGAAGAAGGCAACGAGAAGAAGGCAACGAGAAGAAGGCAACGAGAAGAAGGCAACGAGAAGAAGGCAACGAGAAGAAGGCAACGAGAAGAAGGCAACGAGAAGAAGGCAACGAGAAGAAGGCAACGAGAAGAAGGCAACGAGAAGAAGGCAACGAGAAGAAGGCAACGAGAAGAAGGCAACGAGAAGAAGGCAACGAGAAGAAGGCAACGAGAAGAAGGCAACGAGAAGAAGGCAACGAGAAGAAGGCAACGAGAAGAAGGCAACGAGAAGAAGGCAACGAGAAGAAGGCAACGAGAAGAAGGCAACGAGAAGAAGGCAACGAGAAGAAGGCAACGAGAAGAAGGCAACGAGAAGAAGGCAACGAGAAGAAGGCAACGAGAAGAAGGCAACGAGAAGAAGGCAACGAGAAGAAGGCAACGAGAAGAAGGCAACGAGAAGAAGGCAACGAGAAGAAGGCAACGAGAAGAAGGCAACGAGAAGAAGGCAACGAGAAGAAGGCAACGAGAAGAAGGCAACGAGAAGAAGGCAACGAGAAGAAGGCAACGAGAAGAAGGCAACGAGAAGAAGGCAACGAGAAGAAGGCAACGAGAAGAAGGCAACGAGAAGAAGGCAACGAGAAGAAGGCAACGAGAAGAAGGCAACGAGAAGAAGGCAACGAGAAGAAGGCAACGAGAAGAAGGCAACGAGAAGAAGGCAACGAGAAGAAGGCAACGAGAAGAAGGCAACGAGAAGAAGGCAACGAGAAGAAGGCAACGAGAAGAAGGCAACGAGAAGAAGGCAACGAGAAGAAGGCAACGAGAAGAAGGCAACGAGAAGAAGGCAACGAGAAGAAGGCAACGAGAAGAAGGCAACGAGAAGAAGGCAACGAGAAGAAGGCAACGAGAAGAAGGCAACGAGAAGAAGGCAACGAGAAGAAGGCAACGAGAAGAAGGCAACGAGAAGAAGGCAACGAGAAGAAGGCAACGAGAAGAAGGCAACGAGAAGAAGGCAACGAGAAGAAGGCAACGAGAAGAAGGCAACGAGAAGAAGGCAACGAGAAGAAGGCAACGAGAAGAAGGCAACGAGAAGAAGGCAACGAGAAGAAGGCAACGAGAAGAAGGCAACGAGAAGAAGGCAACGAGAAGAAGGCAACGAGAAGAAGGCAACGAGAAGAAGGCAACGAGAAGAAGGCAACGAGAAGAAGGCAACGAGAAGAAGGCAACGAGAAGAAGGCAACGAGAAGAAGGCAACGAGAAGAAGGCAACGAGAAGAAGGCAACGAGAAGAAGGCAACGAGAAGAAGGCAACGAGAAGAAGGCAACGAGAAGAAGGCAACGAGAAGAAGGCAACGAGAAGAAGGCAACGAGAAGAAGGCAACGAGAAGAAGGCAACGAGAAGAAGGCAACGAGAAGAAGGCAACGAGAAGAAGGCAACGAGAAGAAGGCAACGAGAAGAAGGCAACGAGAAGAAGGCAACGAGAAGAAGGCAACGAGAAGAAGGCAACGAGAAGAAGGCAACGAGAAGAAGGCAACGAGAAGAAGGCAACGAGAAGAAGGCAACGAGAAGAAGGCAACGAGAAGAAGGCAACGAGAAGAAGGCAACGAGAAGAAGGCAACGAGAAGAAGGCAACGAGAAGAAGGCAACGAGAAGAAGGCAACGAGAAGAAGGCAACGAGAAGAAGGCAACGAGAAGAAGGCAACGAGAAGAAGGCAACGAGAAGAAGGCAACGAGAAGAAGGCAACGAGAAGAAGGCAACGAGAAGAAGGCAACGAGAAGAAGGCAACGAGAAGAAGGCAACGAGAAGAAGGCAACGAGAAGAAGGCAACGAGAAGAAGGCAACGAGAAGAAGGCAACGAGAAGAAGGCAACGAGAAGAAGGCAACGAGAAGAAGGCAACGAGAAGAAGGCAACGAGAAGAAGGCAACGAGAAGAAGGCAACGAGAAGAAGGCAACGAGAAGAAGGCAACGAGAAGAAGGCAACGAGAAGAAGGCAACGAGAAGAAGGCAACGAGAAGAAGGCAACGAGAAGAAGGCAACGAGAAGAAGGCAACGAGAAGAAGGCAACGAGAAGAAGGCAACGAGAAGAAGGCAACGAGAAGAAGGCAACGAGAAGAAGGCAACGAGAAGAAGGCAACGAGAAGAAGGCAACGAGAAGAAGGCAACGAGAAGAAGGCAACGAGAAGAAGGCAACGAGAAGAAGGCAACGAGAAGAAGGCAACGAGAAGAAGGCAACGAGAAGAAGGCAACGAGAAGAAGGCAACGAGAAGAAGGCAACGAGAAGAAGGCAACGAGAAGAAGGCAACGAGAAGAAGGCAACGAGAAGAAGGCAACGAGAAGAAGGCAACGAGAAGAAGGCAACGAGAAGAAGGCAACGAGAAGAAGGCAACGAGAAGAAGGCAACGAGAAGAAGGCAACGAGAAGAAGGCAACGAGAAGAAGGCAACGAGAAGAAGGCAACGAGAAGAAGGCAACGAGAAGAAGGCAACGAGAAGAAGGCAACGAGAAGAAGGCAACGAGAAGAAGGCAACGAGAAGAAGGCAAGGAGAAGAAGGCAAGGAGAAGAAGGCAAGGAGAAGAAGGCAAGGAGAAGAAGGCAAGGAGAAGAAGGCAAGGAGAAGAAGGCAAGGAGAAGAAGGCAAGGAGAAGAAGGCAAGGAGAAGAAGGCAACGAGAAGAAGGCAACGAGAAGAAGGCAACGAGAAGAAGGCAACGAGAAGAAGGCAACGAGAAGAAGGCAACGAGAAGAAGGCAACGAGAAGAAGGCAACGAGAAGAAGGCAACGAGAAGAAGGCAAGGAGAAGAAGGCAAGGAGAAGAAGGCAAGGAGAAGAAGGCAAGGAGAAGAAGGCAAGGAGAAGAAGGCAAGGAGAAGAAGGCAAGGAGAAGAAGGCAAGGAGAAGAAGGCAAGGAGAAGAAGGCAAGGAGAAGAAGGCAAGGAGAAGAAGGCAAGGAGAAGAAGGCAAGGAGAAGAAGGCAAGGAGAAGAAGGCAAGGAGAAGAAGGCAAGGAGAAGAAGGCAAGGAGAAGAAGGCAAGGAGAAGAAGGCAAGGAGAAGAAGGCAAGGAGAAGAAGGCAAGGAGAAGAAGGCAAGGAGAAGAAGGCAAGGAGAAGAAGGCAAGGAGAAGAAGGCAGGGAGAAGAAGGCAGGGAGAAGAAGGCAGGGAGAAGAAGGCAGGGAGAAGAAGGCAGGGAGAAGAAGGCAGGGAGAAGAAGGCAGGGAGAAGAAGGCAGGGAGAAGAAGGCAGGGAGAAGAAGGCAGGGAGAAGAAGGCAGGGAGAAGAAGGCAGGGAGAAGAAGGCAGGGAGAAGAAGGCAGGGAGAAGAAGGCAGGGAGAAGAAGGCAGGGAGAAGAAGGCAGGGAGAAGAAGGCAGGGAGAAGAAGGCAGGGAGAAGAAGGCAGGGAGAAGAAGGCAGGGAGAAGAAGGCAGGGAGAAGAAGGCAGGGAGAAGAAGGCAGGGAGAAGAAGGCAGGGAGAAGAAGGCAGGGAGAAGAAGGCAGGGAGAAGAAGGCAGGGAGAAGAAGGCAGGGAGAAGAAGGCAGGGAGAAGAAGGCAGGGAGAAGAAGGCAGGGAGAAGAAGGCAGGGAGAAGAAGGCAGGGAGAAGAAGGCAGGGAGAAGAAGGCAGGGAGAAGAAGGCAGGGAGAAGAAGGCAGGGAGAAGAAGGCAGGGAGAAGAAGGCAGGGAGAAGAAGGCAGGGAGAAGAAGGCAGGGAGAAGAAGGCAGGGAGAAGAAGGCAGGGAGAAGAAGGCAGGGAGAAGAAGGCAGGGAGAAGAAGGCAGGGAGAAGAAGGCAGGGAGAAGAAGGCAGGGAGAAGAAGGCAGGGAGAAGAAGGCAGGGAGAAGAAGGCAGGGAGAAGAAGGCAGGGAGAAGAAGGCAGGGAGAAGAAGGCAGGGAGAAGAAGGCAGGGAGAAGAAGGCAGGGAGAAGAAGGCAGGGAGAAGAAGGCAGGGAGAAGAAGGCAGGGAGAAGAAGGCAGGGAGAAGAAGGCAGGGAGAAGAAGGCAGGGAGAAGAAGGCAGGGAGAAGAAGGCAGGGAGAAGAAGGCAGGGAGAAGAAGGCAGGGAGAAGAAGGCAGGGAGAAGAAGGCAGGGAGAAGAAGGCAGGGAGAAGAAGGCAGGGAGAAGAAGGCAGGGAGAAGAAGGCAGGGAGAAGAAGGCAGGGAGAAGAAGGCAGGGAGAAGAAGGCAGGGAGAAGAAGGCAGGGAGAAGAAGGCAGGGAGAAGAAGGCAGGGAGAAGAAGGCAGGGAGAAGAAGGCAGGGAGAAGAAGGCAGGGAGAAGAAGGCAGGGAGAAGAAGGCAGGGAGAAGAAGGCAGGGAGAAGAAGGCAGGGAGAAGAAGGCAGGGAGAAGAAGGCAGGGAGAAGAAGGCAGGGAGAAGAAGGCAGGGAGAAGAAGGCAGGGAGAAGAAGGCAGGGAGAAGAAGGCAGGGAGAAGAAGGCAGGGAGAAGAAGGCAGGGAGAAGAAGGCAGGGAGAAGAAGGCAGGGAGAAGAAGGCAGGGAGAAGAAGGCAGGGAGAAGAAGGCAGGGAGAAGAAGGCAGGGAGAAGAAGGCAGGGAGAAGAAGGCAGGGAGAAGAAGGCAGGGAGAAGAAGGCAGGGAGAAGAAGGCAGGGAGAAGAAGGCAGGGAGAAGAAGGCAGGGAGAAGAAGGCAGGGAGAAGAAGGCAGGGAGAAGAAGGCAGGGAGAAGAAGGCAGGGAGAAGAAGGCAGGGAGAAGAAGGCAGGGAGAAGAAGGCAGGGAGAAGAAGGCAGGGAGAAGAAGGCAGGGAGAAGAAGGCAGGGAGAAGAAGGCAGGGAGAAGAAGGCAGGGAGAAGAAGGCAGGGAGAAGAAGGCAGGGAGAAGAAGGCAGGGAGAAGAAGGCAGGGAGAAGAAGGCAGGGAGAAGAAGGCAGGGAGAAGAAGGCAGGGAGAAGAAGGCAGGGAGAAGAAGGCAGGGAGAAGAAGGCAGGGAGAAGAAGGCAGGGAGAAGAAGGCAGGGAGAAGAAGGCAGGGAGAAGAAGGCAGGGAGAAGAAGGCAGGGAGAAGAAGGCAGGGAGAAGAAGGCAGGGAGAAGAAGGCAGGGAGAAGAAGGCAGGGAGAAGAAGGCAGGGAGAAGAAGGCAGGGAGAAGAAGGCAGGGAGAAGAAGGCAGGGAGAAGAAGGCAGGGAGAAGAAGGCAGGGAGAAGAAGGCAGGGAGAAGAAGGCAGGGAGAAGAAGGCAGGGAGAAGAAGGCAGGGAGAAGAAGGCAGGGAGAAGAAGGCAGGGAGAAGAAGGCAGGGAGAAGAAGGCAGGGAGAAGAAGGCAGGGAGAAGAAGGCAGGGAGAAGAAGGCAGGGAGAAGAAGGCAGGGAGAAGAAGGCAGGGAGAAGAAGGCAGGGAGAAGAAGGCAGGGAGAAGAAGGCAGGGAGAAGAAGGCAGGGAGAAGAAGGCAGGGAGAAGAAGGCAGGGAGAAGAAGGCAGGGAGAAGAAGGCAGGGAGAAGAAGGCAGGGAGAAGAAGGCAGGGAGAAGAAGGCAGGGAGAAGAAGGCAGGGAGAAGAAGGCAGGGAGAAGAAGGCAGGGAGAAGAAGGCAGGGAGAAGAAGGCAGGGAGAAGAAGGCAGGGAGAAGAAGGCAAUGAGAAGUCAAGGAGAAGAAGGCAAUGAGAAGGCAAGGAGAAGAAGGCAAUGA